UUCCCUAUCUAAAUAUAUGUAUGGAUGGGUAGAUGAUAAGCAUGGCGAUUGCUGCGUCAAACGAACGGGACAGUUUAAGCAAAGAGGCAAUUUCGACGUAUAUUGAGAAAAACUACACCGGGUUGCCUCCUGAUCAUGAUGCUUUGCUGACACGCCAUCUCAAGACCUUGAAGAACAGUCGUAUUGUUGAUGUGAAGAAAACCUACAAGUUCGCUGCUUCUCCUGAUGCAUGUCUGGAAGUUCCUAGGUCUAGGAUUCUUGCCACCACCAACGACCAACAUACUCCAGAUGACCAGAUCUAGCAGGUGUUUCAGCUUCUCAGCCUCAAAAGCAUGCAGGCCGCCGUGGUGGAGCUAGUAACCUGGAUAAUAUGCGACCCCUCGGUCGUCCCACAAAGAACAGAGCUGCCAUAAUGGUUCCGGCUUUGGUACUGGCCGGCUCUAGCAGCACCGUUUGCCAACAACGAGUAGAACCAUCUAAGAUCGCUGGACUAAGAAAGGUGAAAGAGGACACUGUUAUUUCUUUGAGCAGCGAUUCUUCUGCAUCUGAUGAUGACGAAAGUGACGUUUCUUUCACUUUGAAUCAUAAGAAGAAAGGAAGCCUAGUAGAAGAUGAGGAGGCAAUGGUCACUAACACCAGUUGUUCUGUGAAAAGAAGGAAAUUAGUUCCCAAGAUAAAAAAUCCAGAGAAAUACCUGGAAAAUCCAGAGAAUAUAUAUUUUGAGAGUGAACUAAAGAAUAGACCAUAUGAGCUGUUGAUUGAUGCAAAAGUGGUGAAAACCCAUUGCUUAAAGUUUAAGGAAUGCAUUCACUACAUUGACAGUGUUGGAAAAGUACAAUCAGAGACGAUGAAAACAAAAGAUCGUGUUUGUAUCCGAUAUUGGAACCGCAUAUGCGACAGGAACAAGCUGAAGAAAGAUGACCGUGUUUUAUGUGAACUCUUGCGUGAGGGCAAUACGGUUUAUGCAAUCAACGUCCAUGUAGUCCGUGCUAAAGAUUUGUAGAUGACAUUAUUCAUGCUAAUGGAUAUAUUACAGGAGAACUUUUGAGUGUUUAUUGGAAAAUUCACUAAAACUAUUUAUUGGAAACUGAAGAAAGGACCAAACGACACAUCUCAUAUUUGUUUCUGAUUAAAAUCAUAGCGCCUGUAGAUUGUAAAAUCUUAUUCAUUAGAGACGUAGGAAGAAAAGGGUAAACAUCUAACUACUAGUAUAGUAAA